GGCUGAUGAGGUGGUGCUGUCAGAUUAGUAAACGAAGCGGGAGGCAAAUGGCUAAAGUGGAGCUGACACCGCUCAGACCAUGGGACGACUUCUUCCCCGCCUCGGAAAGAUUCGCUAAACCGGACGGCAAAGAUUUGACGAGAUGGAACAAGAGAGUUGUCAGCAACCUGUUGUAUUAUCAAACUAAUUAUUUGGUUUUGGCCGUCGUUGUUUUCCUCGUUGUUGGGUUCCUGAACCCUGGGGGGAUGUUCACAGCCAUGGCCGUGGUGUCUGCCGUCUUCCUGGGUUCAGUGUGGGCCGGAGACAACAGAGCUGUCAUCAGCGACUUUAAGAGGCACAACCCCGCAGCGUUUUUGAUCGCUGUCAUGGUCACCAGCUACAUGUUAAUCUCCAUGCUGGGGAGCGUCAUGGUGUUCAUGUCUGCAAUCAUUCUACCUCUGGCUUUGAUAUUUGCACACGCUUCCUUUCGCCUCCGCAACGUGAAGAAUAAGUUGGAGAAUAAGAUGGAAGGAGUCGGACUGAAGAGGUCACCCAUGGGCAUUUUGCUGGAGGCUCUGGGUCAGCAAGAGGAGAACUUUAUAAAGAUCCAGAGCUUUCUGGAGGGAAAGCUGAAGGAUUGAUUUGGACUUCAUGCACACGUUCUUCUUUCUUGGCCUAAGAUCUUGACUGUGUGUCUCAGUCUAAUCCUCUUAAAGUUUGUUUCAUAUACAGCGUGUUGUGUUUUGAAAAGAGAGCUUGUAAUCUGAAGGGCUUUGUCUUUACCUCAGGGGAUCUGUCACUCCACCCAGAACUUGUCAGGGCACUUUUUCUUCAGCAGUGACGAGUGCACCUCACUGGUCUGCUAUGCAAUGUGUCAGUGUUUCUGUGCACCACAGCUGCAGACUCCUUCCUAGGUAUGAAAUCUGUGUUUAAUGAGUCUCAGCAACAGUUUGCGCUCCGUGACAAAGAAUAAAAAGUGCACACUCGACGCACAUCAAUGCCAAGGUAUUUUUGAAAGCUGGACUGUUGAAAGUGUUUGAAUCAUGUCUCCUCAUGUGAAAUCUGAAAGGUUACAGCAGAGAUGGAAGUAUUCAGAUCCUUCUCUUAUGUACAAGUACUAAUACCACACUGUGAAAAUACUCUGUUAAAAUGUCCUGCGUUGAAAAUAUGAAAGUAUCAUCAGGAAAAGUACUCAAUGCAGUAAAAUGUCUACUGUGAGUUUAUAUAUUUAUUCAUAUAUAUUAAGACUCAAAGAUUAAGCAGCAGUUAAUUCUGUAUGGUGCUGCAAUGAUUAUUCUCUAUUAUGAAUUAAUCUGUUGGUUAUUUUCUUGAUUAAUCAGUUUGUUUGAUCUGUAAAACGUCAGUUACCCAGGGACACCUUAAAUGUCUUGUGUGGUCGGACUGCAUCUUUGCAUGAAAAAUGACAUUACGAUUAGCCGCUAUCAAAUCAGCCGCUGAUACAUUUUUAAUAAUUGACUAAUAAACUAAUUGAUUGCUUGUUUAAACUCAAUGCAUCAUA